CUCCCUCCCGGUCCAAUAACCGCAGACGCUGUCUCAUAACGCGCCCUCGUUUGCUCAAUUGCGUCUUACUAACACUCUAGUCAAACCUCAAGGCGCACGCAGCCCUGCAAUGGACGCAUCGCGCUGCUGAAGAAACCUCGACGUGCUUGUUACGUCGCGUCGUGUGCUUGCCAAACUCAGACCUCCCCGCCCCACCUAUCGACCUUCCUACCACCACUCACGCGCCCAACCACCCGCUGUGCACCACCACGUAUGGCAGCAGUCGCUGUCCCGCAGUCUCCCCGGAUCCCUGCAAACAUGGCAAAUCGUCGCGUACCGCUGGCCAGUUUGCAGAAUGCCACCAACUCGCCGAUACGCGCUCCCGUCAUAGGAGGAAAGCGCCAACGCUCACACGCGAGCGAACAGCGCGACAUGCCCUAUGGCCAGCCUCCACCGAAGAAGCAGAUGAUUGAGGUCGACGAUGCUGAAGCUCGCCGCCAUGGACUCGUUCGCCGCAGCGGUGCCCCAACCACGGCCUUGACUAGGAAGCUCGAGGCUGCCCGCGAGAACAAGGCACCACCCAAGCAGGUCGAGAAGGCGCAGCGAGUUACCAACGACCUCGAGACUAUCCGUCAAUGGCAGAGACACUACCGCAAGCUCUUCCCGCAGUUCGUCUUCUACUUCGACAGCGUCCAGGAGCCUCAGAAGGAUAAGCUCAUGAGUCGAGCUCAAAUCCUUGGCUCGCGUGAGGUCACCUUCUUCUCUCGUGAAGCUACCCAUGUCAUCACGACGCGUCCCAUUCCUGUCGACGUCGAAACCAGCUCAUCGUCGCACGCCAAGGGCACCGUCAAUCCAGCCCAGUUGGAGAACAAGAAAUCCGUCUUCGAUACCGCGCUUUCAAAGUCUGGCCAGGCGGGCCGGGGUGAUAUACUUAUCAAGGCUAGGGAGUUAGGCAUGAAGAUAUGGUCGGUUGAAAAGCUUCAGCGUAUGGUCGACACCAUGUUUAGCAAAGAGACGGGAGAGGAUAUUCAAUACACGACGCGUCAUGGUACAGUUGCUGGACAGAAGGGUCGUCAAGCGGAUUUGCAAAGGCUGCUGCAGAACGAGAAGCUGGAUCGGGACUAUGUCAUUGGUGCCCAGGAUUUGGUUCAGCUGCGUGGCUACCACGUAUAUGUGCACGAUAUGGAUGAGGUCACACGACCUGUCAUGAUCCGAGAGUAUCAGAAGGUUGAGAAAGAAAAGGGCAAGUGGCCGCAGUUCCGUGCCUCAGGCAAUGGCAAGUGCCCGUUCGUGGAGGAUCCUCACUUUGGUCGUCGCCAGCAGGAAGAGCACGAGGAACGUCGCGCACAGAGAGCUUUGGCUGCGGCUCCGCGUACACGUGCCGCGUCAGCCAUGGAAGAGAAGCGUGCUUUGGGUGAGAACAAUAACUUGGCCCGGCGCGAGACUGCCCCAGCUGUGGUCAAGAAGGAAGAGCACGAGGACGAUACGAAACCGCUCGAACCGCCCAAAAGCUUGCCGUUAAAGCGUACCUCCACCGAAGGUCCUCCACCUAUGUUCGGCAGUGCUCAGGCGAGCAUACGAGCGAUGCCCCGUUUCAUUGGAGGAGAGCCUGUAGCGUCUGGCCUGCACCAGUCCAACAUGACUUCUGCAAUUCAAUCUCAGAUGAUCUCGUCGACUGCAGCCGCACCCCGUGCCGGUAACAGCAAGGAGGUCAACCAACUGCAGCGAAAGGUUUUGGAGAAGAACAGCGUCACAUCCGCGAACAGUGGUUACUCGUCCGUUAUGAACGAUAUGCGCGGUCCCCCCAACCAGGACCACACUCAGCCAAUGCGCGCUGCCAAGCGCAAGGCUCAAGAGAGCCUAAGCCAAGCCCAAGAACUCGCCGAGCAAGAAAGGCAAGCUCGUAAAGUGGCAGCCCUCCGCAGAUGCAAGACUGCUGAGAAGGAGCUGAAGCCUGGCUACUGCGAGAACUGCAGGGAAAAAUUCAAUGAUUUCGACGAGCAUUGUGUCUCCCGCAAACACCGCAAGUUUGCCGCCACAAACGAGAACUGGGUUGAGCUCGACGCGCUGCUUGCCCAACUCGAUCGUCAAUGAGCUUUACGCACAGCAUACGAAUCCACGUUGCAUUUUCACGGCGCUGAUGCACGAUUAAUACCCACGACAUGGCUUCCCUUCCGACACUGUUCCAUUCGCUGCGGCCAUCAUACUUGAGACCGUGUACUCUGCGACUACCUGUUUCAUAGCUUUUUCGCGACUUGCAGCAUUUCUGAGGCGUAUCUUCAUCUUCAUCUUGGCGGUUUGGUUUGUUUAGUUCGUUACGGCGGCACCAUUUUGACUUCUGGAGACUGGCGGCAUAGUCCUUGUCUAUACCAUUGCAUGCAUAGGGCCAUCCUGUGCGAUCCCUAUGCCAGUUACUACCCACUGUUGACCUGCUGGCAUGUUUGAAAAGCAGAUGUUGAGUGAUGGUGGUUUGGUCAGUGCUCAGACGGAGACGGAAAUGAGAGCGGAUGUGGCCUUUAAUGCACGUACGUCGUACUGCAAGCCAGAC